ACGACUCCCGCAGCUAAACAUCCACCUUUCAUUUCAAUGAUCUAAAGACUUCACUUCCUCAGCUGAUAUUUUCACUCUCUCCCUCUCCCUUCUCUCCAAUCCAAACAAUAGAAAAGAGAAGAAAUGCCGAUUUCCGUUCCCAACCUCUUCAAAGAACGAAAAUAUCCUUUCCUUUUCGCUCUUUCAAUUCUCCUCAUUUCCUUCACUAUCCUCAUUUUAUCCAACUCUUCCCCUUUCCCUUUCCCUUCCCUCCCUCUCUCCUCUGAUUUCCACAUCUCCCGAUUUCAACCUCCUCCUCCACCUCCUCGUCCUCCUCCUCCUCCCCGUCCUUCACGAUCUCAAAACGACACCGUUCGAUCCCCGCCAAAACCGGAGUCCGGAAACGACGUUGCAGAUGACGUGGACUUGAAUGUGAGUUUGAAUAUAAAAUGGAAGAACUGUAAACUAGGUGCGGCGGCGGUGGAUUAUAUACCGUGUUUGGAUAAUUGGAAAGCGAUAAAGGAAUUGAAAUCGAGGAAACACAUGGAGCAUAGGGAAAGGCAUUGCCCGAAUCCGAGUCCGAGAUGUUUGGUGCCUUUGCCGACCGGUUAUAAGGUUCCGGUUCAAUGGCCUAAGAGCAGGGACAUGAUUUGGUAUGGCAAUGUUCCUCAUCCUAAGCUUGUGGAAUACAAGAAGGAACAGAAUUGGGUGCGUAAAUCUGGUGAUUAUUUCAUUUUCCCUGGAGGUGGUACUCAAUUUAAGAAUGGGGUUACUGGCUAUAUUGAUUUCAUAAAAAAGACUUUGCCAGCUAUUAAAUGGGGGAAGCACAUUAGGGUUAUUUUAGAUGUCGGCUGUGGUGUUGCCAGCUUUGGUGGUUAUUUGCUGGACAAAGAUGUAAUUACCAUGUCGUUUGCCCCGAAGGAUGAACAUGAAGCUCAGAUACAGUUUGCUCUAGAGAGGGGAAUUCCUGCUACACUUUCUGUCAUUGGUACACAAAAGCUGACAUUUCCUGACAAUGCAUAUGAUAUGAUACAUUGCGCACGAUGCAGAGUUCAUUGGGAUGGUGAUGGUGGGAAACCAUUAUUGGAGCUGAACAGGAUUCUUAGGCCAGGAGGAUUCUUUAUAUGGUCUGCUACACCAGUUUAUCGGGAUGAUGAGAAAGAUCAAAAUAUUUGGAAGUCUAUGGUGACAUUGACAGCAUCCAUGUGUUGGGAGGUUGUGGCUAAAACUGUUCAUUCAUCUGGAAUUGGGCUUGUAAUAUAUCAAAAGCCUUCCUCGUAUUCCUGUUAUGAGCAACGCAAAGAAAAACAUCCACCCUUGUGUGAUCAGAAAAAUAAGCAGAAUGUCUCAUGGUAUGAACCUCUUAGUUAUUGUAUUUCAAGACUUCCAGUUGAUAGCAUGGGUAAUUUGCUCAGCUGGCCCACACCGUGGCCCCAGAGGCUUAGCAGUAAGCCUCCAAGCCUUCCAUCUAAACCAGAUGCUGAAGAUAUAUUCAAUGAGGACACUAAACAUUGGGCAGCACUUGUAUCAGAUGUGUAUCUUGAUGGUCUAGCUAUAAACUGGUCAAGGAUAAGAAAUGUGGUGGAUAUGAAUGCCGGUUAUGGAGGAUUUGCUGCGGCACUCAAUGAGCUGCCUAUCUGGGUGAUGAAUGUUGUACAAAUUGAUGCAGAAGAUACCUUGUCCAUUAUUUUUGAAAGGGGGUUGAUUGGAGUCUAUCAUGACUGGUGCGAGUCUUUUAAUACUUACCCACGAACAUAUGAUCUACUGCAUUCCAGUUUUCUCUUCAGAAACCUUAAAGAGAGAUGUGACAUUAUAGAUGUAGCUGUGGAAAUGGAUCGCAUACUGAGACCUGGUGGAUAUCUCUUGGUCCAAGACACCAUGGAAUCGAUUAAAAACCUCAAUCCAGUACUGCGUUCACUUCACUGGUCAACAAGCCUUUAUCAAGGCCAAUUUCUUGUUGGCCAGAAGGGUUUCUGGCGUCCAAGUGAAUGACUAAAUUAAAAAAAAAAAAAGCAUGCACAGUUACCAAGGUUCUUCCACUGCCAAUUUGUUCCGGAUGAAGAUUGCACUUUAACCAUUUGAAAAGAAGGAUUAUCUGUGGCUUCUGCCGUGAUAUCCGAGUUACCUUUUGCCCUAUUUCUGUCAUGAAUUUCUUUCCCUUAGAUUGCCAUUUUGUGUACAUCCUAUAGAAAGGGAUGGGUGCUUAUGGCAUAAAAUAGCCUAUCUACCAAUUCAAAUAUCUGAGUUUGCUUGGCCAUAAAGAACACGUCUAUAGAGGUUUUGGACGGUUUAUUAUACAGUUGGAGAGGAAAAGCUACGGCAUAUGUUUGUGCCUCGUCCACAUUUUUUUUUUGCCUGAUUUAAAAAUCCGGAAGCCCACAGAUUCUGACAAUUUAAGUGAAUUUAAUGAAGUUUCCAAUGAAAG